CAACAGACCAGGACGUCCUUGGACGUCUUGGUUGAUUGUAAGAUGCAUCAACUUUUUGACACCCGGAUAAAAUCUUGAUCAUUGAGUUCUUUGAUUUCAGCAUAUCUCUUCUUCUACUACAAAAUGGCUCUCCCAAACAUGUACCGGUCGCAAUCUGCGGGGUACACGGGUGCAGGGCUGCUUACCUGCUUGCCUGCUUACGCUACACUUCCUUCUAAUGUCCCUUCAUCGUCGUCUGGCCUGGCAGCCUGGUCGCACCACAUUUACAUCUGCACCCCGACCACAACUUCGACAACAUGUCUGCUCUAGACCAGGCAAUUGAAACUCUCGCGCUUGGUGACAAGGAUGAGCUGUGUCAGUGGUACCGCCGCCCAGACACUGGUCGACAGGCCUCCUCCUCCUCCUACUCCCGCCGAGGACUAUGUGGAGAGUGCACGUCUCUGACCCAAGAGAUUCUGGUUGAGGGUGCGCGGCCGGUUUCCUCUGCAAGUCUCACUGAACAGGGAGAUGUCGGUGACGUCCACGUCAUUCACCCCGUGUUCAGUGAGGGAGUGUACACCUUUCAAAAAACCUAUAACCAGCUGAGAGUCCACGCCAGCUUCUGCGCGCUCUGUCAGGCCGUUGAAGACUCGGUGGCCAUUACCCAGGGAUACGCUGCCGGGAACCAUCCUACUGAGAUUCCGCCGGACGCUCAUGUGUGGCUGCGGCCUUUCUACUCGGGUGGUGAUCUGACUGGAUGCAUUGUUGGACUCGACCAAGACGAGAACACGAGCGAAACCGAUUCUGAGACCGGUUUUGAGACCAGUUCUUCCGAAACCUCCUCCAAGGGGGGUUUCAGGAGCAUUCCAGAAUGGAAAGGAUUUCUAGAAGUCGUAGUCCGGGAGACUGGGUCUGUCCGACUCGAUGAUAAUUCAUCAUCGUCCGAUGCGAUCGAGGGAUGCGAAACCGUUAGUAUCCGGGGUAAUAGCUUUAGAAAGGCUGCGCCUUGCCAGGACAUGACCUAUGUGCUUCAUUCGUGGUUGCGAGAGUGCGAUUCCGCCCAUGGUGUUUGCAGAGACCACAACAAUUCACGCCAGGGUUCAACAGACGCCAAAAUGUCAGCAACCCCCACCCGGCUCUUGGAGAUCCAGCAAGUCGACGGGCUUUUUCGCACCCGUCUUGUUGCAGGUAACGAGGCCGGAACAAGAUACGUUGCGCUGAGCCAUCGAUGGGGAAAUUACGCAUCCAUCCGGACCACCACACUCAACAUCGACAGCUACCAGGAGAACAUCAACUUUGGUUCCUUGCCACUCACGCUCCAGCAAGCUGUCCAGAUCACACACACGGCAGGAGUGCGGCAUAUCUGGGUCGAUUGCCUGUGUAUCAUCCAAGACGAUGACGAUGACUGGGCACAGGAGGCGCCCAAAAUGGGCAGCAUAUAUGCCGGUGCGUAUUUCACCAUUGCCGCAUCUGCAUUCGAGGACGCGGGGUGCUUCCCUCUCAAGUUCUCAGAAGACCACCGCGCCACGAUAGACGUCCAACCCGGGCUCGAGCUGCACAUCUAUCCCCGGAGCUCCGAAUUCGCCAGGUAUUUGAUGGAGCACGAGCCCCUUCAGAAGCGAGGGUGGACUCUCCAGGAGAGGCUGCUGUCCCAGCGCAUCCUAUACUGUUCGCGAUACGAAUACUACUGGCUGUGUAGGGAGAAGCGCCUGCGCGCCUGUGGGGAUCCAGACAUGUGGUUUGAGUACCAGUCGGUCAUGCCAGCACACCAAUACCAACCCUCUCUGCUGCUGUCCAACUCCCCACAAAGCCAGAGGGCCGCCUUGACACGGUGGUACCUGUUGAUGUUCGACUACUCGGAUCGCCAGCUGACGCUAGAGAAAGACAAGCUCAUCGCCAUCAGCGGCCUUGUCGACCUCUUCCAGCGCUGGAUCGGCUCGAGGUACCUGCACGGGCUGUGGGAGUGUGACCUCGCGUGCGGCCUGGUCUGGCACGCGGGCAGCCGCUGGAUUACUGGCACCUCAGACUCGGGGUCGGGAGGAAUCAAGUCCUGGGCGCCAGACCGUUCCCGGUUCUGGCGCACACGCCCCACGAGGGCCCCCUCGUGGUCCUGGGCGAGCGUGGAUGGGUUCCAGGAGCACUUCGGGCCUCAGCUCAGCCGGCUCGCUGACCACCUGGGGCAGCCGCUGGGCGAGUUGACCUACGUCACGGCCACGGCCGCGAGCGAUGACGAGCACAUAUCUUGCCUGGGCGGCGCAUCAUCCGCAGUACCUCUAGAUCGGGUCCUCAGGAUCACUGGGCGGCUGAGCAAGGCAUUCUACGGCUAUGAGGGUGCAGAACAGGAAGGCGACCGCUUCUGGCAGGUAGACCGGGAUGGUGGUAUCAAACCCUUCGAUUUUUACGCCGACGAUCCUGAAUUUGACAGCGACGACCAUAUCGCAGAUGCGGCAAGCUCCAGGCUGUAUGUCUUGCCCAUAAUUGCUUACAUGGGGCUGGUCGUCACGCCGGCUAGUGACGAUGCCAAUGUCCCGCUCUACCGCAGGGUCGGCGCAUGCAACCUCAUCAUCCGGCUUCCAGCGAAGUUUUUAGACCAUGGUCAUGGCGAAUGGAACGAGGGCUCAACGGUUGGAACAACUGAUUGUGGCAACGAGCAAGCCGCUGUCCAGGCGGACGACGACAGGGUCAUCGACGGGGUACCAGGCUUCGGCCUCACAAACAACACCGCGACCGAGGCCUUCGACAUGAGCGCUGAUGCUGCACCAGAUAUUCAGAGUGAAUCAGACAGCACGGACAACUCAACUAAGUCUGAAGACACGCUAGAUGGUAUUACGUGGUUUGGCCAUGAUUGGACAAAGUACUCUGAUCACCUCCGAUGGCUCGGGGAGGCGGGGGCCAUUGAGACCAUCUUCUUGUGCUGAGACUUGACAUGCCAGUGCAGUGCAAUAAGUCCAACGGCACGGCCCCUCCGUUUUCAUGGGGACUAGAGGCCAGGGGACGCAGCUGAUUCCAUCAGUUCGAUUUGAUCUUAUCUGGGGGCCGGGACUGAAUGGGCUGCCACGUGUCAAACGGGUGUGAUGUGAAUAAAGACCAACUAGCAACAUAAAGAAAGGAAAUAGAGGAUAUAUGGGUGGAUGAUGGAUGGGCAAGCCAUUUUCAGGGGGAAGGCAUCCUAGUAUCUACUGCGCCCCAAUUUAUGUGACCUCGCUGUUUACGGAUUCACACUUCAAGACUCAAGGUAUAAUACCUAGCUUUACUCGGAUAAUUAUCACCCACGAUCAAG